AUGCUUCUUCAGCGCCUCUUUCUCUUUGGCUUGGCCGCAGGCACAUUGGUAACUCCUGCUCAUCCUGUUCUUUUUGAUCGAGACAAUGGUAUCUGCAGUGCAGAAAAUAUGAAGGUAGAUAUCAGCGACUACAACUGCCCCAAAAAGAAUACGCUCGACAACAAAGGUUACUGCUCCAAGCCAAUUCCAAUGUCGGGAGGGUCAUGUGGAAGUGGAACCGAGUGUUCUAUUAGCAGCACCCAAUCUAUUAGCUACGUCAAUACGUUCUCAAUGAAUGCAGGCAUAGGUGGAGCGGUAGCUAAAGUAUUAGAGUCAGCCUUCGAUAUCGGAGCAAGCUAUACUUUCUCAAAGACCCUCUCCUACUCGGAUACGGCGGGAUCUAAGAUAACCUUGAAAGAGAACGAGUGUGGAUACUGGACUUUUAUUCCUUACGUGUUAGAAUCCUGCGGUACCUUGACAGAAACAGCAGAGAAAUCAGCACCUGCUGGGUAUAUGAACUCGGGGACAUGCCAGUACUGUGAUAAAUCCUCCUACACAAACACAGCCAAUUGGUGCAAUACCACUCCGUAUAAAAAUGCUGCUGGUUUGGCUGAUGGAAAGCUGUACUUAGUUUAUACAUAUUGCAACGGAACAGGUGUAGCCUGGGAAAAGAUGCAGGCUAGUCCUUAUAUAUAUCCCGGUGUCAGCACAGCUCAGAAGUGA